GUUUCCUUCACAGCCUGCUAAACGUCACGGACACCCGGAAGCAAACGCAAAAAUUUAAACAGCCAUCACAACAACAAUAAACGCGCACUUUCAGUCUACGGGCUGUCUGGUGAAUCAAGAAUUUAUGGAAAAUUAAAGUAAAAUCGCACAGAGGAUUUCUUUAAGUUUACAGGUGUAAACUCCAAGCGGUCCAAGCUGACGGCAAAAGUAUGGAAGAAGAAAUAAGGACGUCUGAGACGGAACAAGGCGAUGCUGGCAGCAAUGAGGGAGAGUCCAGUGCAGACAUAUCCAACAGCAGUCCGGUAAAAAGAGGAAGGGGGAGGCCACAAGGCUCAAAGAAGUUGAAGGUUUGUGUUACGGACGUCAACCUAAUGGAGCUGGUUUCGGGCAUUUCUAACGGCGGGUCCACACAGCCCCAGAGGGGAAGAGGGCGUCCAAGACUCACAAAACACACAGAGCAGCAAGGAUCGGGAGACGACGAUGCUGAUAAUUCUGUGCAAACCCCUAGGGGUCGGGGGAGGCCCAAAGGGUCCAAGAAACAGGCCAGUGACAGUCUUACGACAGACCGUUCUCCUAGGAAAAGGGGCAGGCCAAAAAAGUCUCUUGAAAAAGUCUCUCUUGAGAAGACUGAUGAUGAAGACUUACCAAACGGUGGCUCUGAUACGCCAAAACCGAGGAGGGGUCGCCCAAAAGGAUCCACGAAGCGCAAGUCGGAAAGUUUAGGAAGUGUUGAAGAGAACGAAGGCAGUUCUGUGACACCGAGGAAAAGAGGUCGACCGAAAGGCUCUCUCAAUAAGAGACGCCGGCUGGAGAGAGAGCUAAGCAGUGAGGAGGAGGAGGACGACGAGGAGGAGGAGGAGGAAGAAGAAGAAGAGGAGGAGGAGGAGGAAGAAGAAGCUGAUGAGAGCCUAAACUCGCUUAAAAGGGGGAGAGGUCGGCUCCGGAAGGUGGAGGUGAAUAAAACGUCUGAGUCGAAUGGCAUUUCAAAGCCUCGGAGAGGGAGGGGAAGGCCGAGAAAAAACAUCGAGCGGGUGAGCGGAGAUAAACAAGAACUGGGCUCAGACGGUUCCCAGCCAGUUAAGAGGGGUAGAGGUCGACCUAAAGGCUCUUUAAACAAGAAACCCCCAAUGUAUAAGGUGCACGGUAAAGUAGGCCGGCCUCGGAGAGUACAUGCCACGCCCACAAGAGGGAGGCGUGGUCGACCGAGAAAACAACCAGCAAAAAGGGGACGGCCGAGGAAAUACCCUCUGCCGUCACCCGAGGAGCUAAAAAAGCCUAAAGUGUGGAAACCGCUGGGAAGGCCGAGGAAAUACCCACGCGUCGAUCCUCCAGAAGGAGCUCCGCCGGCCCCUCGCCGGAGCCGCGGCCGACCUCCCAAGUCGGCGUCCAAGAAAGGCGCCCACUUACGCAAGAGCUUACCCACCACUCCAUCCUCGCCGCGCAACCCUAGUGACGGAUCCCCGAGGAAAAGGGGCCGUCCGCCAAGUAUUCCGAGGAGCGAAGAGGACGUCCCGCGGAAAAGGGGUCGCCCUAAAGGUUCGGUCAACAAAAACAAAGCCAGAAGUGAAACGCAGCGCAACAGCAGCGCGCUCCCCAACCACGAUGCAACCGCUGUUGGGGCAGAACAUGAAGGAGAGUCCGUAGAACAGGAGACGGAGCACGAAACAGACACGAUACCCGUCGAGCUCGGAGGCGAUACUGAAGAAAUUCUCGAUCAGGAUGCAAGCUUUGAAGUUAGCAACCAGGCUUGAUGAACGAUCCCGGUCUGACCAAAAAAAAAAAAAAAAAAAAAGUUGCUGUAGUAGCUGCUGUUUAAAACAUUGAAUACAAUCCUUGUCAAUGAAAACACGUUUUUAACAUUUUGUCAGUUGGGGUAGGCUAGAUAUUCAGCAGCUCUUCUGUUUUCCUGACUAACUUGUUCAUGUUUUAUUGUGCUCAGUUUCUUUUCUUUUUGUUUUUUUUUGUUUUGUUUUGUUUUGUUUCAAAUACCUUUUUUAUUUCUUUCAUCUGAGUAAACAGUAGUACUAAUAAUCUUUUACUAGAACUGGCAUUUAGAGUUUAUUAUUAUAGACUGAUUGGUCCAGUUUUCAUUUAGCUUUCAGAUGUAGUGUUUGUCAGUUUAACUGUAACUGUAAAACAUUUACUGGGGGAUGACAAAUGUUAGAGAGAGAGAGAGAGAGAGAGAGAGAGAGCCGAAGUCACGACGACGUCACGCCCAGGCUAGCCACUAACUUCUGUACCUCUCAUCUGUCCUUCCGAAGAAAUGAAAUGUUUCUUUCCAUCCUCUACGACAAACUGGCAUAAUGCAUACAGAUGAUGAUGAUACGGGGGCUCGGUCACAUUCUUUGAAAAUGUAAACAAUGUUUUUUUUUUUUUUUUUUGCCAAACACACACCUUCCUGUUAUGAUACUGCUCUGCCAGCCGAGAGCCGCCAGCUAACAAGUCAAGUGUGGGUUUUAUAAUGAUGGGUGAGGUGAUUUAUGUGUAUGCCUUUUUGAGUUUAAAAUGAGUUAUCGAUAAUAACUGGAUGUUUCGGAGGAAAAGGAAGAGGAGGGGAAUUUGUUAUUAAAAAAAUUUAAAAAGAUGAUUAUUUUUUACCUUUUGUUCGGCAAAUAAUGAGAGAGAACUUAAAACUUGACACAAGUUUAGAACUUGUAAAAUGUUUGUUUUUUUUAUUGUUUAAGCAGAUAUAAUCGCCAUUUUUAUAACAAUGUAUCAACAGACAAUGUGAAAACAAUGUGAAAUGGAUCACUCGCAGUGAUUAACCUGCAGAUGAUUGUGACCAGAAUCUGCAGCUCCCCUCGGCUUUACAGAGCGAUGUCGAGUUUCAGCUGCCGCUCCCUCAACUUCACUGUUUCUGUUCCCUCUCACUCUCAUAGCAUCACUUUUUUUUGCCACAGCCGGUUGCUGUUUUCAGAGAAAAAGCUGUAGAAACCCACUGUAGGCUAUCUGCUCAGCACCAAACAGCAGACGGAUACAGUUAGUGAAUAGCCGGGGGAAACAUAGUGGAGCAAUUAGCAGCUAAAAAAGGUUUUUCCCCUUUAGGAGUUUUGGUAGAGACCAAAAACUGAGCUAAAAAAGUGAAUUCUGGUCUUACGUUUACCAGGUGGCCACAAUCUGCUAGAUGUGUGAAGAAGCAACUGCUUGCUAACAAUUUUGGCAUAGCAACUUAAAAGAUGAGGAUGUGUAAAUGUACCACUGCUCGCCAAGUGGCCAAAACGUGUAUUGCAGGCUUAAGAGAACAAAGCCUAAAACAAACACUGAAUAAACAAUAUUAAAACCAUGAAAAAUGCUUUUAAUGCUCUGUUCCCAGGCUGGAGCUUUAAGUAAUCAUCCAAAAUGUCGACGUGAGGUUUUCUUUGCUUCUGGAGCUCAGACGUCAGUCUUCACUCUAUUGAGUAUCUGAGGAGAAUUUGAGAUUAAAUAUUUGGCGUAAUUUUCUCAAUACCAUUUCACAGUCGAUCGUGUCUACAUAUUUGGUUUGCCUUAAUUGCCAAAGCUUUGAAUGUACCAUUAGUUAACGUUAUUUAGAUCAACUUCUUCUCAACUUUUGUUACUGACAUUCCUCAACAGUGGCAGAAAGCUCUGAAUCAAACGCCUUCCUGCCCGCCUCCUCCAUUUCUACCAUUCAUCUUUUUUCUGUUUCCGCUGUUAUCGAGUCGUAGUUACUUCACUCUUCUCUCUAAAUGUUUGUGUGUAGCUGUGAAGCCUUUUUUUUUUUAUAUAACUUGGGACUUUCAUGAGAUUAAAAAGUGAUUUGAUUGAUUUCACAGACAUUUACUUGUUUUUAAGCACCUAGUGUAAAAAAAAUAAAAAUAAUAAUUGUGUGACAUGAAUUGUACAUCAUUAUUCCUGACAUUAGCACCCUUUAUGGUCAGGGUCCAACAAUUGAAGUUUCUGAAUGCCAAAUUGUGCUUGUGUGUCAAUUAUCAUUAUGUAUAAAAAGAAUGUGAGACGGGGAUGGAAACGGGAGGUUUUACGGUUUUAAAAAUCACGUUGAAAAUUCGAUCUGGCUUCGUGAAGUCAAAUCAUUUUAAGUGGACAUAUUUGGAUUUUGUGUGUUUUGAACAAGAAGUCAAUAAUUUGUGAGAUUAUGCUCUUGAAAUAAAAUGUUGAUCUUGUCGUUUUAUUUUG